CAAUCGAACAAUAUCUGAGCCCGACUCGUUGUUGCAUGGCAGUAAAUACGCCAACAUCGUUCGCCAUUGGUUGCCCGCAUGCAGUCCGUUCAAGGAGAACACAAAAGCGUGAUUGGCGCGUCGCUCGGUUCUGCCAAGGGGUCCGGGACUUCGAAGCCUUCGAUGACGUCGGUCUUCACGUCAUACUCCUCCCGUUCCAUCGGGGACAUUUCAUGCCAUUUUAGCGCACAACCCCUCUCUUCCAGAGGGAUGUCUAGCACGGCCUGCUUCAACCCUGUGAAUCACUGAUCUCUAUGCAAUACACUGGACGGGGGAUAGGCCAAAAAGCAUUGUGAGUAUUUGAACGCUUGGCAACGUUGUCACGGUUUGUGUACUUUCUGAUUGACGUUUCGGCGACCUAUUUGGGAUAGUGCACUAAAUUGUGUUAUUCAAGUGAAUCGACUCUUUCAAAAUGGUCAUGCAAUGCUCAUAUUGUGGGAAAAAAGCCGACAGUGGGCGAACAUUCCAUCAGUUUCCAUUAAAGCAACCAGAAUUACUCAAAUCUUGGCUAAAGAAUGUUAAUGUAGGUGACCACUUCGAACCAUCGAAAAGCAUGAGAUUGUGCUCCGAUCACUUCACAGCCCAAUGUUUUCAGAAAACAGGGGUCAACGUAAUACCGAUCGAUGGAAGUGUUUCUAUUGUUUUUGGCACGUAUAGAUUGGCACGUACAUAUUGUUCCUUUAUAAAAAUGCCCGAAGAUAAUCUUACAUUACACAGGUGAUUUGGACUCUGAACUUAUCAACAUUUUAUAGAUGGAGUAGCGAAAUUAUAGUAUGACCUGUAUGUCCAGUAAAGUCCAAAUGUUUUUUUUAGUAUGCAUGCAUCAUGAUUAAGUUCUUAACUUUUAAAAUAUCCACUUAGAAACCCAGUAUUACUGAAAAAUCGGAUUCUGGCUAUCGGCAAAGAGAAUUACACACCUGAAGAGACAAGUCGCCUUUGCUCCAAUCAUUUUGAGAGAACCUGCUUUCGUUCCUUGGGUUGUAAGGGAUCACUCCUUUUGAGAAAUACGGCAGUCCCCACUAUAUUUCUACCCAUUCUAUC